CGGGCAUUGGACAAUAAUCCAGGUUUGACUGUAUUUAAUAUAUGUGCCAUACUCUACUAGAGUAGAGUAGAGGCUACUUCUUGUGUGUAAAUAGAUGUGCGUUUGUAGAUGCUCCUCCGAUAAGCCAUAGCAUUGCCUGGUUCUCAAAUUUAAGAAUAAAUAGUUACAGGCUCACUAGGAGUGAAGUAUAUAAUCGUUCGAUCACUUCGACUAUUAGAGGUUACUAUGGUCUUAGGCAGGCUAAGAUGCUAUAGAGUUAUGAGGAUACGCUUUUACUAGACAAACAAUGAAGUUUGGAAAGCAAUUAAAGGCUCAGAGCGUGCCGCAGUGGAGGGGCUUAUACGUUUCGUAUAAAGCGCUCAAAACACUACUCAAGAAGUACUCAUACGGACUAGAAUUAGGCACAAUUGAAUUUGAAGAUACCGAUCUAUAUAGGCUGUUGGAGGAUGACCUCAACAAAGUCGACGCCUUCUAUACAGAUAAAGCGUCCACUUUUUUUGCCGAGUUCGAAUCCAUCAAGAAGAACUUAUUAAAAUAUCAACGUGAUCACGACACAUCACAACGAAAGGUAAAGGAGACCACUGCUGGCUUACGUCAGGGACCGUCAGACUCGCCCGACAUAGAUACCAAACAGGACAGGCGGAAAUCCUUUGCCGAUCGAGAUGCAAAGGUACGGGCUCCGCCGCUGGCAGGUCCUAAAUCGGCUGGGUCUGUGCCGUAUCUCUCAUCUCCAAUCGCUUCACAAAAAAAGGGCAGACCCGCCACAACCUUGAAAGAAGCGGAUGCGGAGCUGAGACAGGGGGCAACUUCGCCACACGCAGAGGAACGCAAACUCAAGGAAUACAAACGUGCCUUACUGGAGCUGUGUGUCUUGGCGAACGAACUGCAGCACUACAGGGCACUAAAUCUCACCGCCAUCCGCAAGAUAAUUAAGAAGAUAGACAAGAAGGGUUAUCUCGACCCUCCGCGGAAACAGCUUGUCAUGGAGGAAGUUGCGUUGAGGCCGUUUUUCAUCAGCACAAGGGUCAAUGAUAUGACCGUUCACAUAUCCUUUCUGUACAAGGAUGUCUUUUUCGAGGAUAUAGAGACAGGCCUGGCGGAGCGCAAAUCAAAGUUGGAGCGGAGGAGGGUCAUUGCGUUGCUACCCAAUGAGUUCCUCAAGCUUUUCACUGCGUCUCAUCUGAUUGCUGUCCUAGUCCGCUUGGGAAUGCACAUAUACUACGAUUCCGAUACGAACGGGCUGUCGUCUCUGCUGACCACCUUAAGUGACGAGUUGCUCGUGGGCGCUGCUAUAACGACAUUGCUGUGGUUGUCGUGGGGUAUUCCCUUCAACUCCUUUGCCAUGUCCACACCCGUGUUGACGGGCGUAAUUUUCUACAUCGCCACAAACGACACAAAUCCGGAGGAGGCUUUUUCUCAGACUGUAGUGCUAGCACUCUAUCAAACCAUCGCUGGGUUUAGUGGAAUAUUUAUGAUCCUGGUACUGCAUUACUUUAAAAUGCGCGCUAAAGUGUCAGCCGCUUUCAAACAAGCCGCCGGCUACUUUCAGAUACGGGCCCUGCGGUUGCUGUACGUUGCCUUCACUAUAUUGACGUUGCUGCUGAUGUCGACAGUUCCGAACUCGGCACUGCCAUUCGUAUCGACGGGGUUAGUAAUGCCGUAUACCAGACGGAUACAACCGAUGGAACCGCUGAUGCAAGUGCUGGUGACAAGUAUAAUUGUCGUGUGUAAUUCCUUCCCCAUCAUUAUGGAUGAGGAAGAUCAGCUCCUGGUCAACGUGGAGAAGUACCUGCCAGAAAAAUUGGCGGGCGCGCACAACCCGCUUGCUAUCUGGUCGCUUGCGUUUCUCCUCGGGACCUUGCUUCUCGUAGGAUUAGAGAUUGACAAUCAGCUGGAGAAAAGACUCCGUGCCGCGUAAUGGCAAACAAACUACGACGCGAUCAGGUCAUCGCUGUCACAAUGAUCUUUCUGAACUGCCUUCGCGCUACAUAAAACCCUAAAUCAAACAAGACGUUCUUCAUACACGGUGAGUGGAGGCUAUACACCCUCAUAUCCUGGUAUUUGACAAUAAACUUGGUAAUAAAAUAAGCCACCCUCAUAUCCUGGUAUUUGAC